ACCAAACCCAACCAUUUUCCAAGCUUUUCGCCAGUGCUAGGACUCCCCUGCCUGCCACUACGCUUCAAUAUUCUCCGUAGAUUUUGCAUCAUUAACAUUAGAUAAUAGUAAUCUAUCAUUUAAAGAUUUCUGCUUAACAUUUUCCACAUUAAUGCCCGUCGUUUAAGCCUAUCUUGUUUGACACCAAUCCAGAGCUAUACAGCUCAACUCUCUCUAGCUAAAUGGCGGCUGCCGCGGCUAAUUCUAUGCUACAACACUCUUCUUCUUGUUCCCUGAGGAACUCUCAAUUGUGCCUCGCUGAAUCAAGAAAGGCACAGCGGUUGGCAUGUCAUCAUCAGUCAAGAAAUAAUAUUGUUGCAAAGCCGAUCAAGUGGGGGAGUAAUUUUCCGUUGUUGAGAACAAGAGACCUGGCGCCAAAGAAGGAGGAGAUCAGGGGAUUGGCGGUGAGGUGUGCGGCGGAGGGGAUAGAGAGAAGGAUGGUGAUAGGAGCGGCAGCGGCAGCGGCGGCGGCGGCGGCAGGCGAGACAAAAGUGGUAGUGCCGGAGCGGUUGAAGGUGGUGGCUUUGGUGGCGUGUGUGAUGUGUUUAUGUAAUGCUGAUAGAGUCGUAAUGUCCGUGGCUAUAGUCCCCCUAGCGGAUAAGUAUGGUUGGUCCAGCUCAUUCUUAGGGAUUGUCCAGUCAUCCUUUCUCUGGGGAUACAUAUUUUCUUCGGUGAUCGGCGGGGCAUUGGUGGACAAAUAUGGCGGCAAAAGGGUGCUGGCAUGGGGUGUGGCCCUGUGGUCUUUGGCCACCCUAUUAACUCCAUGGGCUGCCAAUCACUCCACCGCCGCUCUCCUGGCGGCUCGCGCCUUCUUUGGGCUGGCCGAAGGCGUAGCCCUCCCUUCCAUGAGCAUCCUCACCUCCAGGUGGUUUCCAACCCACGAAAGGGCAAGCGCGGUUGGAAUUUCGAUGGCAGGAUUUCAUCUUGGUAACGUCGUGGGUUUGGUCCUGACUCCGCUCAUGUUGUCCUCCACUGGAAUUUCCAGCCCCUUUAUUCUCUUCUCAUCUGUUGGACUGCUAUGGCUGUCCACUUGGAUGCACAAAGUUACAAGUGAUCCCCGAGACAGCCCUUUUGUGAGCAAAUCAGAGCUGCGGUUGAUUCAGGCCGGUAAGACAGAAUCCCCGGCAGGAAACGGCGGCAAACUUCCAUCCCUGCGUUUCCUAUUAUCAAAACUACCAACAUGGGCAAUUAUAUUUGCUAAUAUAACCAACAACUGGGGAUAUUUUGUUCUUCUUUCAUGGAUGCCUGUGUAUUUCAAGACGGUGUUUAAUGUGAACUUGAAGCAAGCAGCCUGGUUCAGUGCUGUUCCAUGGGGGACAAUGGCAGUUUCUGGUUACAUUGCGGGUGCAGCCUCGGAUCGGUUAGUCAACGCCGGCUACUCCUUAACUCUAGUCCGAAAGAUCAUGCAGUCUAUAGGCUUCAUGGGUCCAGGAAUUUCAUUACUGUGCCUGAAUUAUGCAAACUCCCCUGCAGCUGCUGCUAUGCUCAUUACCGCAGCUCUGAGCCUUAGUUCUUUCAGCCAAGCAGGAUUUCUUCUCAAUAUGCAUGAUAUUGCUCCUCAAUAUGCAGGAUUUCUUCAUGGCAUAUCAAAUUCAGCUGGGACAUUGGCUGCUAUAAUCAGCACGAUCGGAACAGGUUAUUUUGUACAAUGGCUAGGAUCCUUCCAGGCAUUCCUCACAGUCACAGCGUGCUUGUAUUUCAUCUCAACCAUAUUCUGGAACCUCUGUGCUACAGGGGAGAGAGUUUUCUAGCCCAAAAUACAUAUGAAUAAUUGGCAAGUAUCAGCAGCAUCUGCAAUCUGGGUUUAUUCAAAAAAUUUGGUAAUUUUUUAGGGAUGAAUGAUUCAAUAAUAUACUGAGUGAGCAUCUAUUUGAUAUAUAGUUCAUUCAUAGUUCUGCACCUGGAAAACAGUUCUUUUAUGCUUAUCUAUUUUGGCAAACAUUUGACAAGUUGUAUGAAGCUGUGAGUGUAAUGUAAAUUUUUUUUAGCAUAUGUUUUCAAUUUGGAAAGGGAUAGGCAAAUAUGAAAGUUGUAUGAAGCUGUGAUUGUAAUGUGAUGACGCUCUAGCCAGCUUGAAAUUUUGUGUAGUCAUUGAUUUCAUUUUAAAAUGCAGUAUAGGUUUGUUUGUGGAUGCAUAGGUCAUUUCGAAAACAAUUGUGAUGUUGCACACCAUAUAAAAGAAGUAGGUGCGAAAUUAGUGAGACAUUUUGGAUCCUGGUUUAUAGCUGAAUUGGAGAAUUCCUGGCUCCUGGAUAAUCUUGACGAGUUGGAUGAAUCUUUUUCUGCAAGUAUUCAUCUUUUUAUGGAUGGUAAAGACAAUGAAGAGGAGGUGGACUUAGGUUAUGUGAAUGAUUAACAAAACAAAUCCUUAGACAUGAAUAUUAAUUGUGGUAGUUUAUGUAGAGGAAAAGAGGCAAGCUGCUGGCUUAAAUCAUGUUUUGCAUGGAGAGGAAAACAACCAUACCCCUACUGGAGUUUUGGUUCCUUUAUCAAAUGAGCAACUUGUAGAGAUCCCAUUAUCACAGUAGUUUGGCAGCAUUAGGAAUUCAAAGAAAGGUACAGAUGUGGA